UAGAACGAUCUAUAACCAUGACAAACAAGGCAAUCAUUCUUCUGGCCGUAUUUAUGUGCGCCCAGGCAGUCUUCGGAGUCGCCGUCGUCUCGAAGGCCUCUUGGGGAGGACGCGCUCCCAGGAGCAAGGUCACGCUUGGCAACUACUUGAGCUACGCUGUGGUUCACCACACCGCUGGCAACUACUGCAGCACCCGCGCUGCCUGUGCCCAGGAACUGCGCAACAUCCAGUCCUACCACAUGGACAGCCUGGGCUGGCCCGAUAUUGGCUACAACUUCCUCAUCGGAGGUGAUGGCGCUGUCUACGAGGGUCGUGGCUGGAACGUUGUCGGUGCCCAUGCCACCAACUGGAACUCCAAGUCCCUUGGCAUCUCCUUCCUGGGUAACUACAACAACAGCCGUGCCACCGCUGCCAUGAUCAGCGCUGCCAAGGGUAUCCUCGCCGAUGCCGUUUCCCGUGGCCAGAUCGUUUCCGGUUACAUUCUGUACGGUCAUCGUCAGGUGAGCGCCACCGAGUGCCCUGGCACCAACCUGUGGAACGAGAUCCGCACCUGGUCCAACUGGAGGGCCUAAGCAACGACUCUUCACCGAUUGUUGAAAUUACAAUUAAAAAACUGCUGAUAAAUAAAUAUUCUUGAAAAUUCAAUA